AGCUUUCGCAACAUACGGCCCCUUCGGUUUUUGGGCACGCCAGGGGAAAGCAGUUUUCUGGAAUUCCUAUAAACGCAGCCUCCUUGGGGCGGGCAACUUCAGCUGAGCAUGCCGGUGUGAGGAACGGUGGUGCAAUCCUCCUCCAAGCUGUAGUAGACAGCUGUCAAGCUGUUUCUUGUAGCUGGUGCACUGCUUGAAUAACACGUUUCCGGCGAUGAUGCGAAGCAGCCCUUUGCUGUUUGCGUGCGUUUGUGAAAAGGCGCAUCUCGUGCGGCGUCUGACGUACCAAACGUGUCAGUGCCCGAGGGUGCGCUCGGCAGGGCUUUGCAGAAUUCGGGAUCGUUGCAGCCAACUAUUUCUCCUGCGUAAUACAGCUGUUUCAGGAGGUGGUGUGGUGCUGUAGUGUCGAUGUGUACAUGCAGUACUGGAAUUGAAGUUUUCGUAAUGCCUAAGUCAUUAAGUCACUCAUUAUUUUGUGGUAUCGAGAGAGUAUCCUUCGUGAGAGAUGCCUGCCUCCCGCAUUGAGAUGGGUUAAACUGAUGACAUCAGUCAAGUGCCAAAACUUAGAACGUUAGACUUCUGCAUUUCAGCCAUUGAGAAUAAUUAACGUUGGAUUUUUAGUCUUCCUGGAUGCUUAAUCUUCUAGAUUCUGAAGGACCUGGAUGAUUACUAUGAAAAAUUUAAACGAGAGACAGAUGCCGUGCAGAAGAGAAGAAUGUUGCACUGCAUACAGAGAGCCCUGAUUCGGAGUCAGGAACUGGGGGACGAGAAGAUCCAAAUUGUCAGUCAGAUGGUGGAGCUCGUUGAGAACAGAACCAGGCAAGUGGACAGCCACGUGGAACUGUUUGAGACUUGUCAAGAGACUAAUGAUACCACUGGAAACAGCGGGAAAACCAGCCAAGAUAAGUCAAAGAAUGAGACAAUCGCACAGGCUGAAAAGCCCAACAAUAAGCGAUCGAGGCGGCAAAGGAAUAAUGAGAAUCGAGAAAAUGCUUCAAAUAAUCAUGAUCAUGAUGACAUCACCUCAGGAACUCCAAAGGAGAAGAAAGCGAAAACGUCCAAGAAGAAGAAACGAUCCAAGGCUAAAGCAGAGAGGGAAGCUUCUCCCCCGGACCUUCCUAUUGACCCUAACGAGCCAACAUACUGCUUGUGCAACCAAGUCUCCUAUGGAGAAAUGAUAGGAUGCGAUAAUGAUGAGUGCCCCAUUGAGUGGUUUCACUUUUCCUGUGUGGGACUCAAUCAUAAACCAAAGGGCAAAUGGUACUGCCCCAAAUGUAGAGGAGAAAACGAGAAAACUAUGGACAAGGCAUUGGAGAAGUCUAAAAAAGAAAGGGCCUACAACAGGUAGUUUGUAGACUUUUCAUAGCAAAGAAAAAUAAAACCACCAAACCAGUGUAUUUAUUGUCAGUGUCACCUUUGUUGAGGUGAAAGGAUUGUAAAAUGUAUAUUUUUAAAGGAGGUUUAAAACUGAACCAUUCCUGUUAUAGGGACGGCAAUAAGCAAUUUUGUUUUUCAUUUGGUAAACUGUAACAAGAAUGUGGUCUGUGGACCAAUGUAUUCCAAAAGUAAAGUUAUAAGAGUUUAAACUGAAUAUUCGGGUGGGUCUUAAAAGAUAAAUUAAUACUUUUUUUUUUCUUUUUUUUCAGUGCUGGUAGCACUCUACCCAUUAAAAUUUUGAUGACAAAUA